AUGUCUGCCGCCGCCCUCUUCCGCCGCGCCGCCGCCGCGCCGCGCAUCGCCCGCGCCUUCAGCACCUCCCCGUCUCACAACGUCGCGCGCAUGACCAUCGUCGGCAACCUCGCCGACAGCCCUGAGCUCCAGACCACCAGCACCGGCCGCGAGGUCGUCCGGUACUCCCUCGCCAGCAACACCGGUCCUCGGGACAACCGCCACACCAGCUGGUUCCGCAUCACCAGCUUCGAGCCCGAGGGUCCCCGCCGCGACUUCCUCCAGAGCCUGCCCAAGGGAUCUCUGCUCUUCGUCGAGGGUGAGGCCACCAUGAGCACCUUCCAGGACGCAGACGGCAAGAACCGCAACAUCCUGAACGUUAUCCAACGCACCGUGGAGGUCCUCAAGCGCCCCCAGACCGGCACCAACCCCAGCGAGUAA